ACCCCAAGUACUGACAGCCUCCUUAAAGUUUUGCCCCCAGAGGACGUGGAGACCCGGCAGGUGGUGGAAAAGCUGGCCAGGUUCGUGGCUGAGGGCGGCCCCGAGCUGGAGAAGGUCGCCAUGGAGGACUACAAGGAUAAUCCUGCUUUUGGGUUUUUGCAUGAUAAGAACAGCAGAGAAUUCCUUUACUACAGGAAGAAAGUGGCAGAAAUAAGGAAAGAAAAUCAAAAUUCCCAGGCAGCCUCUUCCCAAAAAGUUUCCCCCCCAGCCGACCAGGAGACGCGGAGCUCGGCCGAGAAGCUGGCGCAGCUGGUGGCUGCUGGGGGGCCCGAGGUGGAGGCCAUCGCCCUGCAGAGCAACAGGGAGAACCCUGCCUUCAGGUUCCUGUACGAGCCCCACAGCAAAGGGCACCGCUAUUACCGCCAGAAACUCGAGGAGUUCCGCCGGGCGCGGGGCACCGCCCCUUUUCCCGGGAACCCCCCUUUUCCCGGGAAUCCCCCUUUUCCCGGGAAUCCCCCUUUUCCCGGCAAUCCCGCUUUUCCCGGCAAUCCUCCUUUUCCCGGCAAUUCUUUUCCCGGAGAAUCCGGCCUCAAAAGGAAAAGCAGUCCCGAGGCCUCUCCCUCCCCGCUGUGCUUCCCCCCUCUCCCCGUCCCCUCCCCUCUCCCUCUCCCCGUUCCCCUCCCGCCUCCUCCGGCCGUUCCCGUUCCCUCUCCCGUUAUUCCCGCUGCUCUUCCCAUCCCCUCGGCCUCUCCCGCCCCAUCCUCAUCCUCCACCUCCCCUCUGGAUCAACCGGCUGCGAUCCCAAAUCCCACCCCCAUCCCAAACCCAAAUCCUGCCACGACCCCGAACCCGUCGACCCCAAGCCCCGCCCCGGGCAGCACCAAAAAGAAGAGGAAGAGUCGCUGGGGGCCGGAGGAGGAGAAGGUGGAGCUGCCCCUGCCACAGCUGGUGCAGCAGCUGGAUUCUCCCUCCCCCCUCUCAGUUCAGGACCUGAAGGGUCUGGGGUACGAGAAGGGCAAACCUGUGGGGUUGGUGGGAGUCACCGAGCUCUCCGAGGCCCAGAAGAAGCAGCUGAAGGAGCAGCAGGAGAUGCAGCAGAUGUACGACAUGAUCAUGAAGCACAAGCGGGCGAUGCAGGAGAUGCAGCUGCUGUGGGAGCGCGCGCUGCAGCAGCACCAGCACGGCUACGACAGCGACGAGGAGGUGGACAGCGAGCUGGGCACCUGGGAGCACCGCCUGCGGCGCAUGGAGAUGGACAAAACCCGGGAGUGGGCAGAGCAGCUGACCCAGAUGGGCAGAGGGAAACAUUUCAUCGGGGAUUUCCUCCCUCCCGACGAGCUGGAAAAAUUCAUGGAGACCUUCAAGGCACUCAAGGAGGGCCGGGAGCCGGAUUAUUCCGAGUACAAGGAAUUCAAGCUGACGGUGGAAAACAUCGGAUACCAAAUGCUGAUGAAAAUGGGAUGGAAGGAAGGAGAGGGACUGGGAUCCGAGGGACAGGGAAUUAAAAAUCCUGUCAGCAAGGGCACCACGGCCAUGGACGGGGCGGGGUUUGGGAUCGAGCGCCCGGCGGAGCUGACCAAGGAGGACGACGAGUACGAGGCCUUCCGCAAGCGCAUGAUGCUGGCCUACCGGAAGCGGCCCAACCCCCUGAACAACCCACGGCGACCUUACUACUGAGGAGAGUUUUUCCCACCAGAUUUCCUGGGAAUUCUUAUCCCAAACUUCAUGAUCCAUCUCUUUUUUCCUGAUAUUUUCUGGCUUUUUUUUUGGAAUCACGGCUCCUCCUUCCCCCAUGGAAAAAC